GUCAGAGAUGGGGUGAAUCGUGCAACUCCUCCUGUUCCCUCCGGAGACAGUGAGAGCGAAUCCGGAGCUGGCCGGUGAACCGAGGGGUCGAAUACCCUGUCCCAUCCUCGUCUCUGUCAGUGGAGCCCCGCCGCUUCUGAGGUGCCCGCGACCAGCGGUUCUCCGGCUCAGCCUUAGCGACCCCCGUCUCUCAGAGCACAAAACGGCACCAGUCUGUUCUCCCAGCCCAAUACCCUGGGCACUUCCUGUCGCUUUCCCUCUUCCUAACUCUACUUUCUGCACAAAUCCCAACCAAUUGUUUCAACUGCCAGUGAUCCUUCACUUUCGUUCGUCCGGAAGGAAGGGUGCCUGUGAAUGGGAGAAGCACUGAAGAGGAACUGGCAGACUGGACAAGAGGCAUCGGGACUUUUGCUGAAUGUUGUGUAUCUGAUGCGAUGCCGGGGUCUUACUGGUUUAUAUAAAGUUAUAUUUACAGUAGGUAAGCCCCAAGUUACUGGAGGAAGUGUGUUAGUGUGGAUAGUACAGGCUGGAAGGACCGAGCCAAUUGAGUACCCCUGGGAUCGCUUCUUUCCCCUCAGUUGAUUACUACAGUAUUCAGAUUAAUGACCUGGAGGAUGGAACAGAAUGUGAAGUUCCAAGCUUGCCAAUGACCUGGAAAUAAGUGGAGACGCCAUUUGGUGAUGAGGACAUUGUGGCUCUGCAAAAGGUUAGAUUGAGUGGCUGGGAGAAAAGAGGUGGCGUGGAUAAAUGUGGGAAGUGUGAACAAUCAGAGGAUGGAUUAUUAUCGAAAUGCAGAGGGAUUGCGGAUGAGUGAAGUUGAGAGAGCCUGGGGGUUCAGAACAUUCAUCACAAAAAACUAACAGGAAUGUCCAAAAGGUAGCUCAGACGGCAAAUUAUAUGUUGGCCGAUGUCGUAAAGGGAUUGUGGUUCAAAAAGCAGGCUGUUUAUUUUUCAUAGUUGUACAGGAUGAGGCCGUGCACGCAAACAGUUUUAGUCACCUUACUUAAAAAGGAUUCAGUAGCAAUACAAGUAUUCCAAAGGAGAUUCAGCAGGUGAAUUUCUGGGAGGAGAAGGUUGUCCUAACAUGAGUAUAGAUACCCUCUGACAACACAAAAUAGGCCAACUGGUCUGAUGCUGCUACUAAUUUGUUUUUUUUUGUUACUCAUACAACUGCCCCUGCUUUUAUCCAGACCUCCUUGAUAAGCCUCUUGCAGUUCUGCCGAGGGUGACAUUGAAGAGGAUGGCUUGUUCAGAUUCUUUGUGCAAAACCGAUCUGUUCAAGAAAAGCACAGGAACGGGUGGAUUUCGAAUUCCUGCACUGCUCCACAUUCCAGACUCAAACAUACUUCUGGCCUUUGCAGAGAGCAGACGCGGCCCCAAAGAUGAAAGUGCUGACCUGUUGUACCUGCGAUGCUGCGAAUAUAAUAAAUCUUCAGAAGAUUUUCAGUGGGAGGAUGCAAAACCUAUCCAGUCUGCACAACUAGGGAAUUGCCGAUCCAUGAAUCCUUGUCCCGUCUAUGAGAAAAAAAAGAAGACAGUCUUUCUCUUCUUCAUUGCAGUCGAAGGAUCAACAUCAGAGCAAGAGCAGAUCAGAAGUCAAAAAAAUGCUGCACAACUUUGUUAUGUUACUAGUGUCGACAAUGGACAGACGUGGGGUGACAUUAUAAACCUAACAGACAACGGUGCCAAAGCAGAGCCUUGUAUAGGUGUCACCAUCAAUACAUGGGCAACAUUUGCCCUGGGUCCAGGCCACGGUAUUCAGCUAAACAGUGGACGUCUUGUUAUCCCUGCCAAUGCUCACGUGGUAGAGUCCAAUGAAAUCGGGGUACGGGCUUUCACUUUCUACAGUGAUGAUGGUGGGAAGUGCUGGGAAAUUGGCAAAUUUAUAUCUGGGGAGGAGUGUGGGGAAUGUCAGGUGGUGUCAUUGGAUCAAGCCAAUGGAUCCAGUGGGCAGGCUUUAAUAUAUUGCAAUGCUCGGAACAAUAAAGCAGAUAAGAAUCAGUAUCGGGUGGAAGCCUUCAGUAAUGAUGGUGGGAAAACCUUCACAGAAGGGAAACUGGUGACACAGCUGGCUGAAUAUUCAGCAGGUUGCCAUGGCAGUAUCAUCAGUUUUCCUGCCUCAGACAUUUCACAUAUCCAAAACUAUCCUGACCUUGUAACGUACCACACUCAAAAGGGAGGUGAUGCUUCAAAUUUUGACGUUAUGUUGUUCUCACACAUCACAAACUCCAACCCACGGAGGGAUUUAGGAAUUUACCUUUGUACUUAUUCUGGUGACCCUCAAACCCAGACAAAACCUUAUCCUGGUGACCGUCUUACCUGGACAAACCCUUGGGUCUUUUUCCCUGAUGAAAGUGCCUACUCAGAACUGGCAUUUGUUAAACUUCCAGAGGAAAGAAAUCCUGUUGUUACUUGUUUGUUUGAAUGCGGGAAAAACACCGAUAUGAUCUCAUUUUGUGUUUUGCAAAUUGAUGAUAUUAUUGAGAAAACUGUAAAGAAAAUGAAUGAUACUCAGAAUCCAGAAGUAGACAAAUGCACAAUUAGUAAAUGCUUUCAUUGCUGUUGCUGCUAGCAGCUGGAAUAGAUUGUGUUUGGGAUGCUUGGGUCCCCAGUGAUCCCUCAGUUACUUUUUACACACCUUUGCGCAGAUCAUAGCUGCUUUUCUUGAGCUCUACGGAUCCCUGGCAAUGUAGGCUCGAUGUCACACUGUAAGUGCUGCUCACAUGAAACUAUCGAUCCGGGGUUUCUGGUUCAGGAGGACCCAGAAUUGUAUGUUCAUCGUGUGAAAUAACCUUCUGGCAGGUUAACUAAAUCAAAGGAAUUUUGUAAUGCUUGCUAGCUUUGAAAUGAAAAUGCAGAUAUAACCACAAAAGCACUUUUAUUCAAUGCAAACAAUCACGGCACAACAGGUCUGCACACAACAGGUUGUCAGAUUCCACCUGCUGAUACCAGAGAACACAUGGGAAAUUUCCACAUUCUGCAUUAAUGCCAGAGGUAGAGAACAGCAGUCAGUCUGCUAAUAUCAUGCUCAGAAAUAAAUAAAUGUAAUAAGAGAAUUCAUGCAUAGAAACAGUAAGAUUUGAAUAACCUUUUAUUGAAAAAAGAUCAGGCUCUUUCGAAAUAGAGAUACGCUUUUACGACUAUUUCUUACAGUUUCUCAUGAAUCAAAAUAUUACAGUAAGUUUCUGCUCUAAAGAAUGCAAUGGUCAGUUGUUAAUGAUACAAAGUUGAGUUUGGUUUCUCCAGUGUAAAGGUGGUUCCCUCAUUGUGCUGAUGUUUAAAGCACAAACUCUAAUGUCUACAGCAACUGAAAGUUGUGUUCAUGAUGACAGUGGGAGUCGGCCUUUGAAGCUCAUUGAUACUGUGCUGGCUGCAUUAUUUUUCACCGGCACAGUCCGAUGGCAAUUUGGUAUUUUUCUGAAUUAAAACACAUUCUGCUGAAGUUUUGUUUUUUCCUCUUCCUUUUGUAAACCUAACAACUGCAGUGAGUAAUAAACAUUUGACCUGCAA